CUAGAAGAUUUGGAUUUCGCCGCCGAUGAUGAUGAUUUAUUUCUAAUGUCUUGUCGCACAAACUCGAAGAUCUACAGGUUAAAACUAACAAGUUGGCAGAAGAGGCGAGGCAGAGCAGAGAAGACGGGACCUCCUCCAAGUGGACGUGAAGAAGACGGAGGUGAUGAAGAUACCUAACCAACAACAAGGACAACAACUACAAGCACUAAUCACCAUCGACGGGAAGAAUCUAGAGGAAGUUGUCUCCUUCAUCUACCUACCUAGGCAGCAUCGCUUCAAAUACAGGCGGCGUGUCGGUGGCACAGAUGAGGAGGUCAAAGCAGCUAGGAUCAAAAAGACAGCAAGACAGGCCUUCAUUAAUCUGAAAUCAGUGUGGAGAUCUACUGCACUGCACUGCACUGCACUCAGCAUAAAGAGCAAGAUCCGGAUUUUCAACACUACUAAUGUCAAGUCGGUAUUUGUAUAUGGUUGAUAAGCUUUGUGCCUUACGAAAAGCAUUUCCAACAAACUACAGACGUUCAUCA